AUGUACCACGUUGAAACAGAAUCAUUCGGUGGCAGUAUGAAUCAAACGCACAAGAAUGCACAGGACGAAAACAAGAACAAACACAUAUCGUACAACGUCAAUACUGUGUUCAACAGCAAAGAUUAUUUGCAAAUGCCGUCGGACAACAGAAACAUGACACGAGACGGUGUGGCGAGUAGAACGAGUUUCUACAAUAACGGCAGUCCACAGUUGCAGCGCGAAUCCGAAACGGGAAUAAGCGUCGACAGACAAUACGACGCCGGUUACAAUGGAAUGCACGAAGGUGAGAGGCCAGCUGGUGGAUUCCCACCGAACGGACAGCAAUUAUUAAGUACGUUGAGAAAUUGA